CCGUCGCUACAGUUGCGCCCGCUAUCGUCGGUGGCAGCGUGCGCACGUUUUUCGCAUCCGCCAGUUGCGACCAGUGUGCGAUCGACUGAGCGGUGCAAUGGACGCUUUGACCGAAACUCCAGUGGUACCCCUUGCGACGACGGCCGAGGGCGAGCUUUCAGCCGUGUUGAACAGAAGACAGCAAAUCAACGAAGCUUUGGAAGACGGAAAACCGGUGGUGCGCCAAUUCAACCGGCGAGUGCCUACCAAAAACGUUUAUUUAGAGUUCAAAGAGUUUUCCCGAAAACAGAUCAAUGAGUACGAAACUACGUUUAAAAAAUUUGACAUUGGUAAAGAUGGAUAUCUAGACUUAGAAGAACUAAAAAGAAUGAUGGAAAAAUUAGGCGUACCACAAACACAUUUAGCCUUGAAAGCUAUGAUCAAAGAGGUAGACGAAGAUGGCGAUGACAAAAUUAGUUUUCGAGAAUUUUUAUUAAUUUACCGUAAAGCAUAUGAUGGCACAUUACCUCUAGACUGUGGCCUGAAUGAGUUGGCUAGAUUAACUGAAAUCAAUGUGGAUGAAGUUGGAGUUAUUGGUGCCAAAGAGUUCUUUGAAGCAAAAAUUGAAUACCAAGGAAUUGCGAAUAGGUUUGAGUAUGAAUUGAGACAAGAAAUGGAAGAAAAAAAAAGAUUAGAAGAUGAAAAAUCCAGACGAAAAAUAGCAUUUAAAGAGAAGACUGCCAUUUUUCAAUAAAAAUUAAUAUUAUAAGUUUUCCUAUUCACACAAUACACUGAUAUAGUUAAUGUGUGUUUAAAUAAAUGAUUAUUUUAACAUGAUUGUAAUUUUCAAAUCUUAAUUAUAACUUAUUUUUAUAUUUUGUAUGAUUUAUUAAAAUCUAUUCUGAACAAAGAUUAUUAGAAUAACUUAGUGUUUUGUUUUGUAAUUAUAGUUUGUAUGAUUUUGUUUUGUAAAUUUAAUACAGUCUAAUGUCAUAUAUUAUUUAACUUAAAUAAAAUGUAAAUUAAUAUAA